AUGCCGUCGACCGCGAUGUCUUGGGACGGGUACGGCGGGCAGAUCUUCCCCGCCCACAUGUCGUUCCACCACCAAGAUACCCUGGAGGCGGUGUUCCAGCAGCCUGAGACGACGGCCCCCCUGCAGGCGCCGGCAGCAGCGGGGGCGAGGGAGCUGCUGCUGAGGAACGACGGGUCGUCCGUACCGGUGGUGGUGGAUGCCGGCGUCCAUGCCGCGGCCGCACCGCGGAAGCGGCCGUUCCGGACGGAUCGGCACAGCAAGAUCCGCACGGCGCAGGGCGUGCGCGACCGGCGGAUGCGGCUGUCGGUCGGGGUCGCGCGAGAGUUCUUCGCGCUGCAGGACCGGCUUGGGUUCGACAAGGCCAGCAAGACGGUGAACUGGCUCCUCACCCAGUCCAAGCCGGCCAUCGACCGCCUCGUCGACGCAGCCGAGCCGGCGGCUGCAGUCUCAGGAGGACCACCGACGGUGGUGAAGGGAAGAGGGGAGGGGAGCUCCUCAUGCACUUGCUGUUUGACGGCAGACUCGAGGGAGGAGGCGUCGGCGAAGGCAAGAAGCAGAGGCGGCGGCGGUCCUGAUGGGCCACCGGCACUUAUCGAAGAACACAGCUGCAGUGCGCUGGGCUGGAUCAUGUCGGAGGCCUCAGGCGCUACACCGGCAGUGGCAACCGAGCAGCCACAGCAGAUGGACGGGCUGGAGUACUACUACCAGUAUUGCCUGCAGCUCGAGGAGAUGACGAGAUGCAACGGAGGAAUGCCAAGGUGA